AUGGUAAUUGAAAGAACAUCAGGAAUUGCGGAAAGACUGAAGAGAUGGUAUAACUUGCUAAUCACCCACGUACCGUCAUCCAUCAGGAAUGGCGUAUCCGACGCAUUCAACACCAUGAGGAAGAAGGUCGUAAAACUAUACAGCGGUAAAGGGAAAGAGGAAGAAGACCAAUGGUACGACGCAAGAGAAAUCUUUAGCGACCAGGAUGAACAGUGA